CUUCGAUGACGUUUACUGCGCCAGCAAGUUUGCGCUGGAAGGCUUAUGCGAGAGUCUGGCAGUUCUGCUGCCGCCCUUUGGGGUCCACUUGAGCCUGAUCAAGUGCGGCCCAGUGCACACGCCCUUCAUGCAGAAGGUGUUGGGCGGCCCCGGCUGGAUGCUGGACCGCACGGACACCCGGACCCGCCGCCUCUUCCACCAAUUCCUCCAGCACAACAGAGAGAUCUUCCGCGAGGCCGCGCAGCACCCGGAGGAGGUGGUGGAGAAGUGGUGGAGUCAGUGAAGAAGGUAGCAGGGAUGGAUGUGAAGGGACAUCACAACUGUCCAGCAGGGACAGUUGAAGAAAGAAACCUCCUAUCUGUUGCAUAUAAGAAUAUGACUGGAGCCAGAAGAGCCUCCUUGAGAAUAAUCAGCAGCAUUGAACAGAAAGAAGAAAACAAGGGAGGAGAAGACAAGCUAACAAUGAUUCGGGAGUGUCGGCAAAUGAUGAUCACUGCCAAUGUCCUUUCCAAGGAAGAGUUUCCAGACUUCAAUGAAGAGACUGGCAUUCUCCCUAAGGUGGAUGAUGAAGAAGAUGAGGACCUUGAGAUUGAAUUGGUUGAAGAAGAGCCUCCAUUCCUGAGAGGGCACACUAAGCAAAGCAUGGACAUCAGCCCAUUAAAAUCGUCAAGAACCCAGAUGGCUCCCUCUCCCAAGCAGCAAUGAUGCAAAGUGCCUUGGCCAAAGAAAGGUGGGAACUCAAGCAGGCCCAGCGGGAAGCUGAGAUGGAUUCUAUUCCCAUGGGGCUCAACAAACACUGGGUUGACCCUCUGCCUGAUGAAGCUAAUGGUACCCGGCUUCCUGGAGAGACCAGCAUGGCCCUUCCAAGCCACUAGAGGGCGGCGCUGCUCACGGCCUCAGUCUGCGCUUUCUCUGCAGGAGCCUACCUGUGCCCUAAGGCAGGAGGGUGCCCUGACUCAGGAGGUCUUCGAGGCCCUUCCUCUCCUGGAUCUUGUUCUACGAAGCGGGCCAGUGCUGCGCACGCUCUUUGAUCUCUCCAAGGGUAGCAGGAAGCAGCUGCAACUCCCUUUCUGUGGUCACCGGUGGCCCAGUUGACCCAGGUGUUGCCAGCCGUUCAGGGCCCUGGGGCAGGCCCAGGAGCAGGAGCGUCAGCCCCGGGACCCCGGCCUGCAGGAGAGGGAGGGGACCAGCCCUGGGGGAAUGUUCCUUUGUGACCCAGGAGGAUAGGGCAAUGGAAGCAGCCUACUUGGAGAACGGGGAGAAGAAGUAGAAGGACGGACGUUCCUCCCACAAGGUGGGCGCCAUCUUCAAGACAAGAGCAGCCGAGGCCCGGUGCAUCGCUCAUGCCUGCAGUCCUAGCACUGUGGGCGGCCCAGGCGGGCGUAUCUCUGGAGCCCAGAAGUUCGAGACCAGCCUGGUCAACAUGGCAAGCCCAGACUCUACAAUAAAUAUAAAAACUAUCCAGGCGUGGUGGUGUGUACCUGUGGUACCAGCUACUCAGGAGGCUGAGGUGGGAGGAUUGCUUGAGCCGAGGAGGUUGAGGCUGCAGUGAGCUGUGAUGGUGCCACUGGACUCCAGCCUGGGUGACAAACAAGGCCAAGUGUGGUGGCUUACGCCUAUAAUCACAGCACUUUGGGAGUUUGAGGCAGAUGGAUCAUAAGGUCAGGAGUUUGAGACCAGCCUGGCCAACAUGGUGCAACCCCAUCUCUACUAAAUUACAAAAAAUUAGCGGGACAUGGUAGUGUGCACCUGUAGUCCCAGCUACUGAGGGAGGCUGAGGCAGGAGAAUUGCUUAAACCCGGGA